CCUCUCCUUUUUUUUCUUUCAGUCUUCCUCCAUUUCUCUCCCUUUUGUUAUCAUUUAUAUAGUCUACACCCAAAUACUUUGUUCAAAUAUAUCAAAGCUUCUAUUUUUUUUUUUUUUCUAGCUAGCAUCAUUUUGCAAUUGGAAAACAAAACAACAUGGAGUUUGAUCAUCGUAUAACAAUCAUCAUCUUUUUGUCAAUGAUGGGGUGUUUUGCCUCAUUUGCUCAAGCCUACACAUUCUAUGUCGGUGGCAGAGAUGGUUGGGUCCUAAACCCAAAAGAAGAAUACAAUCAGUGGGCUUCAAGGAUGCGAUUUCUCAUCAAUGACACCUUGAUCUUUAAAUACGAGAAAGGGCAUGAUACAGUUCUGGAGGUGAACAAAGAUGACUACUUCAACUGUUACAAAGAGAAGCCGUUACAAGCUCUCAAGGAUGGGGAUUCCGUUUUCAAGUUUGACCGGCCCGGCCCGUUCUUUUUCAUCAGCGGCCACGCUGACAACUGUGCAAAGGGUCAACGGAUCAUCACCGUCGUGUUGCAUCCCAGAAACCCUCCUCCGGCACCGGCUCCGGUGCAAGUACCGGUGCCUGCACCUGCUGUUGUUGCCGCAUACCCUCCUCCUCCUCCUCCGGCUCCGGUUCCCGUCGCCGUCCCGGUUCCGACACCGGUUGUUGCCAACUCUCCACCGCCGGCACCUGCCGCGCCUAGUCCGGCCCCGGAGGCUGACUUGGCUCCUGCCCCUGCUCCGGAUUCAACCGGUGAUGCUGCCGCCGCCAUUGCUGGUGGUUUAGCCAUGGAACUCAGCUUCUUUUUCAUGGGCAUGGCUGUUCUUCUUUUGCUUUGAGGAGCCUUUGAUGAUCAUCGGUGGUGGAGGGGCAUGCAUGUCUUUUUACUUUGUAAUAUUUCCAUUUUUUUUUUUUUGGUUGGGA